AUGAAGCGUACGGCCAUGCGGGCCGCGAGGCCACUGCCCCGCCACCCGAGGCUCGCUCUGUCGAAAGCUAAAGCUGCUGAGCUUCCGGACGACUGUCCUGCGGCAAUGAGUGCGCUAGAAGAGGAGAGUGAAGAACUUUCUCAGUUAACGCUGAUAUGGAGGGCCAUCAAGUUGCCAAUUUACUCCGUGGCGCUCGUCCCCCUCACUGUGAGUGCUGUUAGCGCCUUCUCUUUCCGUUUGUUGCUUAAACAAGUGAGCUGUAUGGGAACCGAGAGAAUUACAGUCUUUCUAAUUCGUAGCGCCCGUUACUGAUCUCUUCGCCUCAACAUAGUAUAUUCCUGCGUCAGAAGAAGCGUGGUUAUCUUUUCGUUUUAAAAUGUUCAAGAUCUACCGGGCUUCUGAAUUUCCAUUUUUCAAAGAAUUUGGUUCCCUAUUUGGAGGAUAUUCUGUUGGCAUCUAUUCAAAUGACAUGAUGUGACUAUUUCUUGAAAAUCUAGCUACUGCAUUAGAUUUGGACGCCAGGGAAGCAUGUCUAAUAGUCUAUCUGAUCCUGUAUUUCCUGUUCUUCUAUAGUCCUCUCAUCUCUUAGGAGCAGCCGUUCUCCCGUAGCUGGAAGCCUCAAAUCCAUUCCCUUCCAUCUCAAAGAGUGGCCCCCCAACCCACUCGCUUCCUCCUCCACACCAAUUUCCCCAUCAGCUCGGGGCAGUGAUGUCUGACAAUAAAUUGUGCGUUAUAGGUAGGCAGCUCUGCAGCAUAUCUUCAGAGUGGACUCUUUUUUGGCAGGCGUUACUUUUUGCUCUUGUCAGCAUCAAUUCUCAUUAUAGCUUGGCUUAAUUUGAGGUAAAGAUGACAAAUUUUUCUUUUUACUUGCAUUCGUAUCGUCUUUGUAUUCAUAUUCUUUUCAAGGAAGGUGAUAUGAGUACGUAAUUUAUUUAGACCCCAUUUAUUGAUCUACGAUGUUUAUGAUUUAAUUUCCUGAUGGUCAGUAAUGAUGUAUAUGAUUCUGUUACUGGUGUUGAUGAAAAAAAGAAAGAGUCAGUCGUCAACAUGAUUGGCAGGUAUGUGAUUUUUUCUUUCCAGUCUGCAAUCUCAUCAAGUUUGUUUUGACAGCAUUCCUCAGUAGAAGGAACUCUUACAUCGAUUUCACUCUUUGAAAAGCCGGGAGGCCAUUCAUGUUGCUGCAAACAUUUCUCUUGCCUUUGGACUUGUCGGGCUCAUUUUGGCAUGUGUCGAAUCCGGAGACAUUAGAUCUGUUUUUUUGCUGUUUUCUUCCAUCUUCUGUGGGUAUAUUUAUCAGGUAUGAUCACCUUUUUCUACAGAUGGUUAUCCUUUUUCUUUGGUCCUAAGAUUACUGAUGAUAUUUUACAUGAUAUUACACAUACCUGAACUAGAAAUUUUCUCUGGCAGCUUGCCCAUUUCUGUGAAUAUGUCACAUCAUUUGCAAUUUUCUGUAGAUAUCUUUCGUUAUGGGAAAAAAUACUCCAUAUUUGCCUUACCUGAAUCAUCAUUUCCAGUGCCCGCCAUUUCGACUUGGGUACCAGGGGCUUGGAGAACCACUGUGUUUUGCAGCAUUUGGUCCCUUUGCUACUACAGCUUUCUAUUUGUCCCAGGGAGGGCGCACUUUGUCAGGGUAUGUCAACUUCGUGAGGGAAUUUUUUAAAAAGGAUUUAUGACCCAAUUCUCUCAUGCAAAUAAAGCUGCCUUUUGCUUUUCUCAGGCCAGUUCUAUCUGCUUCGCUUCUUGUGGGAUUGACGACAACCCUCAUCCUUUUCUGUAGUCAUUUUCAUCAGGUGGCUAUUUUAGUAGCACAUUUUUUAUGGCUCUCUCCCUUGUUGUCAAAGUGCUGCAAUCAAUUGUUUGAAUAAUCCUCUUUAUGCUUCUGCCAAAAUCAACUCAGAUUGAGGGAGACCAGGCUGUUGGAAAGAUGUCUCCUCUGGUACUUUCUUGCAACUAUGUUUAGAACAGUUAUCUUAAUCAACCGAGAUUAUCCUGUUCAAGCUUCAAAGCCUUCAAUACUAAUCCUUGUACUGGUGUAGGUGAGGAUCGGCACCCAGAAAGGAUCAAAAGUAGUGACGUUUGUGGUUUUUACGCUUUAUGCCCUCUUAAUUGCUUUGUGCAUUGGUAAAGUGCUUCCAAUAUCGUGUGCUGUAAGUCACCUACACACAUGAGGACCUACAGGGGUCAACAUCAGCUGUCUAUCACUAUUUUUUAACUCUAACUGUCUAAUUUCUUUUACUGCAGUUCCUCUGCGGUCUCACCCUUCCAGUUGGAAAGUUGGUCGCAAACUAUGUGGAAGAAAACCAUAAUGUAAGAAGUAAAUUUUUGGUCAAUGCCUUUAUGAUAUAACAUCUGAUUUCUGUGUCGGUUCUUCUCGUAUCACAGGAUAAAACUAGGAUCUUCCUGGGAAAAUACUAUUGCGUUCGUCUGCAUGUUUUAUUUGGAAUUUCCCUGUCACUUGGAUUUGUGCUGGCAAGGAGACUUGAUGGCUUCGGAUUGCUUAGCCUAUAA